GAUCGUUUUCUGAUUAGCUCAGGGUUGCCUGACCAGAAUCUACGUCGCCGGCGGCAACACCAUGAGGAUAGUGGUAGCCAUUAGGCGCGUUGUGGAUUACGCCGUGAAGGUCAGAGUCAAACCCGACAAGACUGGAGUUGAGACCCACAACGUUAAGAUGUCGAUGAACCCGUUUUGUGAGCUAGCGCUGGAAGAGGCCCUCCGCAGGAGUCUGGGCUGGCGACGGAAGUCGUGGCGGUUAGUACUGGUUCUGCCCAAUGUGUCGACACACUGAGGACGUGUCUAGCCAUGGGUGCUGACAGAGAGAUUCACGUCCAGGCUGCUCGGGACUUGUAUCCUCUUACUGUUGCUAAGGUCUUGAAGAGGCUCGUGGGGGUUGAAGACCCCAGGUAGCUAAUUCUUGGAAAGCAGGUUUGCUUCUAAUUGGAAAUCAAAUAGGGGCAUGAUU